UUAUAAAUAGCAUAUGACAUUUGCCAAUGUGAAUUUAGUUGUAAAACACAAGUAUGGCGGACGCAGAUGCGGCAAUACGCGAGGUCGUGAACAAUAUAGCGGCACAGAAACACGAUAAAACUGAAAUUAAAAUACAUACAACUACAAGUGAUGGAGCUAACUAUGCUUACAAAUUGUAUGAAAUCGUUAUUUCCGCAAAGAAUAACAGUGAUUUGGAGUUAUUUGGUAAAGUUGCGAUAAUAGGCGAAGAUGUGAGAUCUGUUGUUAAUGUUGAAAUAUAUGAGAAAGAAUUCUUUUUCUAUAAACAUUUAGUAAAGGAGUACAAGUUUUUGGAAGAAAAAUAUGAAAUAACAGACGAGAAUAAGUUACGUGUACCAAUAUGUGUUGGAUAUAAUGAAGAGUAUUUAAAAGAGACUAUAGUUAUGGAGAAUUUAUUGAAACAGAAUUUUUCUAACUAUGACAGAUUGACCAGUGUUAAUUGGGACUACGCUUCCAAGUGUAUAAAGCAAUUGGCGAUACUGCAUUCUCUCUCAGUAGUUUAUGGAAAAGAAAAUCCGAAAAAGUUUGAAGAAGUGGCUAAUUAUUUGAAAUUCACGUAUCCGAAAAUGUUCUUGGAGAAAGCAAUCGGAAAUGCGAUCGCGGCGGCUAAAGACGAAUAUCGAGAAAGAUUUUCUACGUUCUUAGAAAAAAUUAUGGAGAAUGAAGCGUACGAAAAGUUUUUUAAACCUUUUCGUUUAACAGUAUUCGCUCACGGAGAUUUUAGGCCAAGUAAUUUAAUGUACAGAAUAAAUGAGAAUGGAAUAUACGAGGUAGCAGUUGUAGACUUCCAAACGCUUCAGAGCGGCAAUCCCAUCACAGAUAUAUUGUAUUUCAUUUAUAAUGGCUCAGACAAGGAGUUCCGACAGCGAUAUUAUCAUCAGCUACUUGGAUACUAUUACACAGAACUAUCUGCCGCUUUCUGCAGAUUUGGUCUACAACCUAAUGAUAUAUACUCGAAGUCAGAUUUUGAAUAUGACUUAAAAGAGGUAUUGCCAUACGGUCUUCUUAUAAUCACAACGACACUUCCGAUUGUUACCAUCGAUGUUGCAAACAUCCCGAAAGUUGAAGAUGAUUUGGGAUAUUUGGAUUCAAAGACCAGUCCCCUGUUUGCUGAGAGAUUAAACGACAUAAUUAGCGAUUAUAUUGAAUUGGGAGUUUUGUGAAGUUGCCUAUCUUUGACGUUGUAUCUCAUGCCCUUAAAUAUAUAAAGCUUUUCUAAUUAACAGUGUAAUUUAAUUUAUUCUGAUUUAUUAAGAUUAUUUGUAUGAAUAAAAGACGUUUUUAUAUGAUAA